CAGGGUAUUCUACGUGUCCAGAACGUUUCCUCUUCUUCCUUGCACAAGAGUUGCGCUUGCGCAGGCCUCGCCGCGCCGCCCCCACGCCGCCGCGCUGCACACCCCCACCCUGUGUCCCUUGGCGCCGCCCCCGCCGCCUUCUUCUCAUCUGGAACCCUACCGCCCCACCGCCUCCUCCAAAUCCCUUCCGCCGCCCGCCAGCACGCACCCCCGUCCGACCCUGCCAACAUGGCGCCGCCGGAUGAUCCCGUGCUCGCCGCUUGCAAGCAAAAGCUGGGCCACUUCAGAAUAAAAGAGUUGAAGGAUGUCCUUCAUCAGCUUGGACUUCCAAAGCAAGGAAAGAAGCAGGAACUAGCAGAAAGAGUUAUGGCAGCAAUGUUGAAUCAGCAAGAUCAAGUCUCCGAAACGAAUGGUUUACCAAAUGCAAACAUGGUUGGAAGAGAAAUGGCGGUGAAAAUAGUGGAGGACGUUUUUAGGAAAAUGCCAGACCCUGCAAGUACUGUUGCAGCCUCAAGAAGCCACAUCGAGUCAGGACACAGUGUUAAACCUAAAAAGAAACCAGAUAAUUCUGCUGAGUUGAAUGCCAAGGUCCGCUGCCCUUGUGGUCACUCCAAGCCCAAUGAUCCCAUGAUUAAGUGUGUUGAUCCACAGUGCAACGUACGGCAACAUGUCGAGUGUGUUGUCAUACCCGAGAAUGAGAAGUCCGCAGGAAAUAUUUCUCCUGACUUACCUUCCUGCUUCUAUUGUGAAAUGUGCCGAAUUAGCAGGGCUGAUCCUUUCUGGGUCACCAUCAACAGUCUGUUACUCCCUGUAUUAAUAGGACCCUGUACCAUAGCAGCAGACGGGUCAUAUACUGUACAGUAUACCGCGAAAAGCUUUCAGCUAUCGAGAGCUAAUAGAGAAAUGCUACAGAAAGCUGAAUAUGAUAUUCAGGUUUGGUGUAUCCUUCUGAAUGACAAAGUACCUUUUAGGAUGCACUGGCCUUUACACUCUGAUAUGCAAGUUAAUGGUAUUCAUGUUAGGGUGGUCAACAGGCAACCCUCACAGAAGUUAGGGGCCAAUGGUAGAGAUGAUGGUCCACUAUUAACAGACUACCUGAGGGAGGGGCCUAACAAGAUUUCUCUGUCGAGAAAUGACUCUCGUACUUUCUGUUUGGGUAUCAGAAUUGCCAAGAGGAGAUCUCUAGAACAGGUCCUAAAUUUGGUGCCAAGUGAACAAGAUGGUGAGAAGUUUGAUGAUGCCCUUGCUCGUGUGCGUCGCUGUGUUGGUGGUGGAACUGAGGCAAACAAUGCAGACAGUGAUAGUGAUAUUGAAGUUGUGGCUGAUUCUGUCUCUGUGAAUCUUCGAUGCCCUAUGACUGCUUCAAGGAUCCAGAUUGCUGGUAGGUUCAAGCCCUGUGCUCAUAUGGGUUGUUUUGAUUUAGAAGCUUUUAUUGAAAUAAAUCAACGUUCUCGGAAGUGGCAAUGCCCAAUUUGCUUGAAGAAUUACUCUCUAGAGAACAUAAUAAUUGAUCCUUACUUCAACCGCAUCGCUUCUUUGAUCAAAAGCUGUGGAGAUGAUACGUCUGAGAUUGAUGUCAAGCCUGAUGGUUCCUGGAGAGUGAAGGGCAGAGUUGAACUGAAGGAUCUUACACAGUGGCAUCUACCAGAUGGUACUCUCUGUGUGGCCACAGAUACAGCAGCCAAACCCAAAAUGUGUAUUGUAAAACAUGAGGUUAAAGAAGAACCAUCGUCUGAAGAGGUGGGCUGUCGUCUUAAGUUGGAAAUCAGAAAAAACAUCAACGGCCAGUGGGAAAUUAGCAAGAGAGGGGAUAGUGAUUCGAUGCUGUCUUCUAGUAAUGACCACACAAGACACAUGGAAAAUAAGAACUGCAUCAAUCUGACAUGCAGUACUGAUGACACAGACAUUGGAGGUGAAUAUAAUUCAGAACCAGCAAGAAAUGAUUAUCCUAUGACCCAUGUCCAUGAUCUUGAUUCUUCACCCUCAGACAAAAAUGCUCCUCCACCAUCAAUGGAGCAGGAUGUAAUAGUUUUGAGUGACUCAGAUGAUGAUGCUGUCACGGUGUUGUCUCCUAGUACUGUGAAGUGUGGCUCAGCGCAUGACACUGGAAAUCUGUUUGCACCCAACCCACCUGAAACUUCAGGAGUGUGUGGGGAACAGCUGGGUGGAUGCCCAAAUGAAACCUCGUUUCUUGCAUUAAAAGAAGGUUUUGAUGAUCUGGGGCUGUCAUUUUGGGAGCGUCCUCUCAGUCCCCGAGAUGAUCCUACUUACCAGAUGUUUGAUAUGGGUACACGGGUGACAGAUAAUCCAGGUGAAGUUGAUGAGCCACUCUAUGGUGGCGAUUUGGGAGUGACAGCGGUGGCAGCAAACCCGCUGGAAGAUGGGCGUGAUGGUGCAUUGCAAGCUUGCACGUCUAGUGAAAGAGAUGGUGCCAUUAGUGUUGCUAACUUGGGUGACCGGACUCAAACAUGGGGUGAUGGCCAUCCUGAGAACCGGACAGCUGGCAGUAUCAGUGGCGCUGGUGAUUGUUUAACUAAUGACAGAAAUGCGCCUCAGAAAAGAAGGAACCCUGGAAGUGGAACAACAGCUUUAGAUGGUGCAGCCGUGGGGAGCAGGAAUGGCGAUGGGGUGAGUGGAGCAGCAUCUGAGGAGCAACGUUCAGUUCGACUAAGAUUGAUAAUAAGCAUUGACUCGGAAUCUGAUGAUUAGGUAUACAUUUUGUGUUGGCUGGAGAGACGUUGGGUAUUUGAGUGGAUAGGAUGGCUGGUUGGAGAGACAUUGGAGUAGAUAUCUGCAUUAGGUUUUCUUGUUUUUGCUGGCCACCCUCAACUGAUUAGGUUCUCCUUGGAGAUGAUGAAAUUCCAUCUCGGUUAGGUUAGGUUAGUAGAUCGUACAGUAGUAUGUAAAGUGCAGCUUACAAGAUUAGUGUUGAAUGAAUGGAGAGACAGAGAGCUGGAUGGAAAGGGUGUCUCAGGUUGCAGUUGCUUUUUUCUGCUCCCCGGCCUGAACCUUAUGCUUCAAAGGAUGUUGUGUGUUCACCAGCUGCAUUACGCCACGAGAA